CAGAUACAUGCUGACCCCAUAUGUGAAAUUCCUAUCCAGAUAUCAUAUCUCCUUGGCCACUUUCAGCACCACAUAAAAACAUGAACAACACACACACACACACACAUUACACACUCACUACAAACAGCAGCUAGUAAACAAAGAAGCCAUGGCAAUCAGACACAUUGUUAACAUAGCUCAUGCAUCCCAUCUCAAAUCUUCAGCGUCUCUCCUUGUGAAGCCGAAGCCUUCCACAUUCAUCGCCUCUACUAGCAUCGUUCAGUUUCUUAAUCUAGCCGACUUUUCAAGGAAACAUAAUCUAGCUGCAGUGUCCAAGGCCUCACCAGCAGAUGCCAUUUCACCCCUAGACGAUGACGAGGGAGUUUCUCUCGGGACUAUGAAACUUCCCCCCGACACCGAUGUGGCUAGAUUCGAGACAUUGUUGUUUCAGUGGGGAAACAGUCUAUGCCAAGGCGCUAAUUUACCGCUGCCCUUGCCACUCAAGGUUGACAAAAUCCCAGGCGGAGCUAGGCUUGGCUUCAUUACUAUUGGAGAUGCGGAGACGGAGGUCCUUGUGUACAUAGAUUGUUUGGUAUUUCCCGGAACUGAAAGCUCUGCUCCAGUCUUCAGAGCCAUACGAAACGGGCCAAAGAAAGAUCAACCGCCUCCUGGAGAGCCACGGAUCAUGAGAAGCAUGUUGGAGGCCUUGAAGAAGUGUGUUGAUAUAGCAAGACUCUAACUCAUUUACAAAACCAGUUGUCAAAUUUUGUUCUUACAUAUAUCCAGCAUUAUGCAACUCUAUGGUUAAACUUCUGUGUGUUCAAUUCUACUACAUACUAACAUUGUCUAUAAAUUUUAAAUAGUUUUAGUCA